CAAAUUUACGUGUAAAACGCAGUUUUAACUUUUCCAGUUUUGUGUUGAAAUGACCCAGACUACUGAAGGACAAGUUGAAGACAAGGCCGUUGCGCCUCCAGAUACGACUGUCCAAGCGGGUGACAACUCAUCAACACCUGCAGAGCAUGUUACGAGUGAUGCGGACAACGCGCAUCCCUCCUCGGAUUCCCAGAAGAGUUCUCCAAAUGAUGAGGGGAAAGCUGGUCGCCGGCGUCGUCAACUUUCAGCUAAAACAGCAGCUCUGCUGGCAGACCCGGCGUCGCUGUUAGAGGUUGAAAUUGUAGAUGACUCGACAAAGCAGACGCAAUGCACUAUCCCUUUUCAGCGGUCGACUUUUCUGGUUGUUGACGGAACCCCGAAAGAGCCGAAGACUCCAACGAAAGCUACGUUCAGGUAUGACACCUGGAUCUACAUGGAAAAGAACAACAUUGCAGCAUCUCCCCGUCCGGUCACGAAGAGGAUUCCGAACUUCAAAGAAUCGGAUGUGGCGUGUGAGUUGCUAGCGGAGAUGCCACAGUUCAAGGAGGCUAAGACUGUUGUGAUUGGACCCGACAGGCCGCAACAGAAGCUACGAUACUUCGCUCUGAAAGAGAAUAAAACCCUGCUUGUGCCAACUUCACGACUCGCUACAGGGCUCUUUAACAAGAUAAACCCUCCUGUAAAUGCUACUGAUGAACAAAUCGCGCUCUGUGCGACUAGCGAGGGAGUGAAGACAUUUAGCACGCCAGUCGGUCUGGAUGACGAAGCCAAAGUAGAUCUGGUCAUCAUGGGAUGUUCAGUUGUCACACGAAAGGGACGAAGGCUGGGCAAAGGAGAGGGCUUCGCUGACCUUGAGUGGGCAAUGAUGAUGUCAAUGGGAGCUGUGACCGUGGAUACCCCUGUGAUCACGUGUGUACAUGACUGUCAGAUCAAAGAUGAUAUACCAGAGGAUAUUUUCCAGGAGUACGAUCUACCCGUUGAUGUCAUUGUGUCCCCUACGCAAACCUUGAUGGUCGAGAACCCAAUCAAAAAGCCCUCAGGAAUUGUUUGGUCGAAAAUCACCGAGCGCAAAAUGGAAAGGGUUCCUAUUCUGAAGCAACUGCGAGAAAAAGAGGAAGCCAAAGGCGUAGAUGUUACCUUGGCUGUCAAAGCAGGCCAGAACCCUGAUUCGGUAAGCUACAUUGGCGACGACAACGAAGUCGACAAGAGCUGUCAAACAAAUCAAGCUAGGCGAGGAGGCCGAUCAUAUAACGACCGUCGAUUCAACCGCCGUCGAAGAAAUGGACCUGACGCAAGGAACCGACACUUUAAAAAGAAGAGGAGUUUCCAGAGGGAAAGACGUCGCGAGAAGUCGGUCAACGAAGAUGAGGCAGUCGACGGGUCGAACAAGGCAUCGGCUGCAGGAAGCGGAGACGCAGCUGCAAGUAUUGCUAAGCGAGUGCGGCAAAGACGCAAUCAGCGCCGUGAGAAGUCAAUGAGAAACCGAGACGACUCAAGAAGAAACGUUGAAAAUGAUACCGAAGGAGGAGAGACUUCGGGGAAAGGAGAAGACAACAGCGGAGCUGAAGACAGUGCUCGACCCCGUAGGAACCGAAACCGAAGGAACCGCCAAUCUGAGAGCAACCGUCUGAACUCAGAAACCGAACAGGGUGGCGAGAAUAGGGGUGGUGGUGGGCGAGGGGGAGGGGGAGGAGGAGGGGGCAGAAGGUACAAUGCAUACCCGCCGUACGACAUGCCUCCAUGGAUGAAUCCAUACAACAUGCCUCCCAAUGCUAGAUACAACGGAGGAUUCUUCCCGCCUCCCAAUGGCAGGAUGGGAAGAUAUGGGUACAGAAACCAGGGUUUCUACGGACCCAUGCCACCUCAUGCAAUGGGUCGACGAGGUGGACCACAAGGAGGAGGAAGACCGAAUGAAUUUGUGCCGGCGAACAUGCGUCCGGCAGUGUUUGUCGGGGACAUUCCGGAGGAGUGUGGCGAGGAAAUGUUCGGGGAUGUUUUGGCAGACCGAAAAGUGAGGCCGACGAGGAUGAUCUGGCAGCGAGGAGAGAACCGAACAUUCCUUGUGUUCGACACUCUAAACGGAGCACAGGACUGUGUGCGGAAGCUAAAGAAUCUCUACAUCAAUGACGAAGCAUGCCGAGUGGACUUGUCCAAUAUGACUAAGAGGAACUACUACUUGUAAUUCUGGCAAAGACAACAACAUUGACACGCAAAACUGAAACAUGGAUGUGUGAUAAAAACUUGCCAAUUUAGUUAUGAGGUAAAAUCUAUAGAAAGUGCCUUUGAGCUUAGAAACGUACUUAAAAAGAUUGGUGUUGCUUUGAAAACAGUUUAUUUGUAAUCACUCCUUAAUUUGCAUUGGCAUGCUUUCGUUUACUACAUGAAAUCUUUUUGUUUAGCUCAUGGAUUUGUGAUUCCUUCGUACACUCUUGCAAGCAACUAGCUUGUUUUUAAAUCGUGUUGUUUGACAUGACAUGGCUAUGAGCUUAGUUUCCUGGAGACUUCUCUGUCAUCAUUCAGACCACAGCCGUUGUGAAGAUUAAGUGUUCAGUCUUAAGAAUAACUAGCCUAUUUCAAAAAAGCAAAUGCUAUUUCAAGAAUACUUAAAGAUUGUUUAUCUUACAUUCUCUUAGAGCUAAGUUGCCAAUAAUGACUCUGAAAGCCUUGUUAUGUUUAAGAAGUAAUGUUAUUUGAUAUACUGCUGUCAAACUUUCGAAGCCCAGCUUUUUUCUGACUGUCUUCCAAUUUUGAAUAACUUUGUUAUUGCUUGUUACAAGUUGCGUUUGUGGCUUUGCUUUCGAAUGUCUGACCCCAUUAGCUCAUUAUCUGCAGACUUAACUUCGUUGAUGAUUUAAAAUUGGUUAAAUGAUGUACAUAAUUAGCAGUUGCUACCUCUCUUCAAACUCUUUACUGAUCUUCAAGGCUUGAUCUUCAAACUACUUCGCCCAGAUGUUAAUUUAUAGUUCUCAGUGCUUUCUAGAGAAGUAAGUUUAGCUUAACUGCUAGUGAUGAUGGAUUGAUUGGUCGAGUAUUCACUGAUAGGAUAUACAUACCACAUCUAGACAUUAUUCAGUUUAAACAAGUCGAUGCAGAAUAAAACAGAAGAUCAGAAAAUAACAGAACGUACUAUUUGUUGCUAUCUCCAUUCAUAACCUGCUGCUAACUAUUGGUUUGCAAAACUGAAUUGAUGAGCAGGCUGUUUAUUUAAAACUCUUUUGAAAAGAGAUUGAAUGAAUGUUGUGAUAUCAAAUCACCGAAUUGAUCUUUUAAUGAAAA